UCCUUUGAACUCCACUGCCGCCCAGGAAGUCCCUGAGCCUCGCGUGCGCGUGGUUCGCGAGCGCCCGCCGGGGAUAGCGCUGGUUAUCGACGCGUCCGGCAGCAUGGUCAGACAUGAGCGCGGCAAGAGACUGCAGCGAGCCAUAUCUCGGUGGAUACUUCGCGAUGCCCCCCGACAACACCUCCCUGGCCAUACUCGUAUUCUCCGACGACGUGAGAGUCGUACAGAACCUGACCCAACUCGACAGCGAAGCGACAAGGCGCGCCCUCGUCAGAAGCUUGAACCACAGGCGGGUGGGCGGAACAUGCAUCGGCUGUGGGCUCCUGAAGGCCAUUGAGGUUUUGAAGGACGAGCUCAACAAGCUGAUAUUCCUUGUGACCGACGGAGAAGAGAACGCGUGGCCUUUAAUCGAAGACACGAAGGGGGAUCUUCUGAGCUCAGGCGCCCGGGUCAUCACGCUGGGUAUUGGGUUGGACGCGGACCGGCAGCUUAAUAACUUGACGAGAGAGACAACCGGGGCUUCGUAUCAUUUCAUCGACGAGCCUUACAGCUUCGACCUAGAAUACAGCCUCGAGGCCAUCCAGGAUUUUAUACCUUCACCCACAAAGAGCAGUGUGCUAUACCGUAAAACAUUCCUUAACGUGAGCCAGUUGACCACACUGCAGGAGCAUUUCUACGUUGACUGUUGCCUGAAUAAGAUGGGUAUUAUAAUUGACAUGGAAAGUGACGACCAGUAUACACCGCAGCUUAAAGAUCCCAAUGGGCAGACUGUUGAUGGUCAAUUCGAGAAGUUGCUGCAUGCGUGGGUUUUUGACGUGAGCAAGCCCGAGCCCGGAAAAUGGCUAUGGACUGUUAAGGUGAUAGCUGGAGCAAGCAGCGUAAGGGUCAGUGUUAAGGUACAGACUGAUGAUUCCUCCUCCAUCUCGGUGCGAACUUGGAGAAACGGUUCACCCACUCAGAAAAAAAGUAUCUUUAUGACUGAAUUAAAGAAGGGAGUCUGUCCAGUUCUACAUGCCAGAAUAAGCAUGGAAACGAUGGAUAUCAAGUCGACCAAAGUGAAGAGCAUAGUGCUGCAUGACGACGGCGACCACUCCGACCUGGUCAGCGGCGAUGGAAUUUAUUCCGGCUCCUUGGAGAAUAGCAAUGGAAUCUUCACAAUGUCCACCUGGAUUAAUGGAAUGAAUGCGAGUACCUCAUGCCCGGGGAGCAGCGAGGCAAGACGCCGGCGCCGGCAUGUUCUACGGCGACCCAGUUACUGUUGUGGAAGCAAUGUUACCACCUCUGGAGAUUCGGUGCCCACGGGGACGUUCUACAGAUCCAGCAGUUCGGGAUCCAUCGAAAUCACAUCCAUCCCUUCCAAAGGCUCACUCCCGCCAUCGCCUGUGCGGGACCUGCAGGUGUCACCGCUGACGCCCAACACAUACCAGCUCUCCUGGACUGCCACUGGCGACGACUUGGACAACGGUGUGGUAAGUGAGUACGAGCUGCUUUUGCUAGACAGCUGGACGGGACGCGCCAAGGCCUUCGAACACGCCCGCCUCAUCAACCUCAGUCACGUGGUCGAGGGAGACUUCGAGGCCCAAGUGCUCCUCGAGGCCGGGUCGAAGAUCGUCGUCAACGUCUCGCUGAAACUAGACAGUGACAAAUACUUGGCUAUCAGAGCGGUCGACGCCAUGGGCAACAGAGGCAAUGUGUCCGAUGUGUCGACCUUAAAUUUCAUUGGAAGCAUUACAAGCGUCGCUCCCACGACCAUGGACCCCAGCAGUACAGUUGGCACCGGGAGUGACAGUGCCAGUAGCAGUGAUCCCAGAAUCAACAGAAAUCACACUAAAACUGAGGACAAGAGUGACACUGUUAAUGGCACGAGGGCCAGCGGUGAUCACACUAUAACGAACGGCUUCAACAGUAACACAUUACGGAAUGAAAAGGGACUCUCUACAAAGGUGCUGACCAUUAUUUUGAUUGUAACAUUGUGUUUGGUAACGAUAGCUGUAUUUUGCUCGGUGCACUACUGCCGCAGGAAGGCAAACUGGAGGCCGAAGAUCUGAAAAAUGACCACCUCUAAUGUCUGAAUAAACACCUGCGAUGAUUUCAUGCCAGCCUACAGAUAUGAUUAUCAAUAAACAUCAAUCACUAUGCAGAUAGAAAAAAAAACAACCUGUGAUAAAACCUGGGUUCACUGUAGCGGUGUUUUGUGUUCAUAUUCACUGUUUGUAAAUCAUCACUCACUUUCAAAGAUCUAUAUCUAAUUCUAUUCUGAUGAUUUGAUUGGUUCUUAGAUUAUUGACGUAAAACAUUUCAAAAUGAGGAUUGCUUUUACGAGGCUCAUGUUAGAUUCCUUUCUAAAUGUGCGAUGCGAUUGCGAUUUGCGAAGUUCUGGCUUCGCCCGGGCCUUCGGCUAUGGCCGGCCUGUGUCUUUUUAGGGCUGGCUCAUUUUAUUCUGUGACACUCAGCGCUUACCGUGGCGGUGGGAUUGCCAGCAGGCGCUCCUGCUGCCAUGGGGUAAGCGAAUCGCAAAGUCUCUUUACCAGCACGGCGGCUGUUGCGGCGGUCCCUGUCUCAGGAAUUGUGUGUGUACACAAUUCUCUAAUAAUGUGUAAGUGUGGCGUUCGGCUCGCCGCAAUGCAUGCAACACCUCUCUUCGCGGACAAUGGUCUCAAUUAUCUGCCAUUUACAGUGGUAGUUUAGACGCAUUCUGUGAAGAAUGGCUUCGGCACUUCUGUUGUUUAGCUCAGAGAUUGCCAGUAGUCCAUAGCCUGUUGCUUCUGAGUACCAUCUGGCCGAGGGGGAGGAUCUCGUUGCCUCUCUGUGAAGCUGCAGAAGGAAGGAGUUGGCGACACCAGUACACUUCCUCCGAAGUAAAUUACGGCUUGGCUUAAUGAUCAUGGGAUUAGGGGGCAUACCCCUGCCAGAGACGGCUAGUCUGUCAGCAAGCUCAUUCCCUCUGAUGCCAAUAUGGCUAGGGACCCAGUUAAUAAUGAUUCUUCUGCCCUGAGCCAGUAUUCUUUGGGCUAUUGUCAGUAUUGUGGUCAGGAGGUAGAUAUUGUCUUUGGGUGAGCUGUGCUUCGACAAAGUCAGGGUGGGGGGAGUCCAUGCCCUUGGCGAGAAGCUGCGCUUUGAGCUCAUAGCUUAUCAACACCCUGGCUGUGUGGGACAGCCACGAGUUGUUUGUGAACAGCUCGUUGUCUUGUUCCAGGCGUCUGACUAGUUUUUGUCUUAGGCUUGUGUUCUUGGGAGCCUGGAUGACCUUUGCAAAGAAAUUGGUUGCCAAUAGAUCGAUUCGUGAGUCCAGGGGGAAAAGGUUGGCCUCCAUCAGGAGGUUGGGGACCUUUGACCACCUCGGGGCACUCAGAAUGAUUCUGGCAGCUUCACUUUGGACUGUUUCCAAUUUUUCUUUGUAUGUUUGCUUUCUGCCAAUUAGAGCGACUGAGGCAUAAUUCACAAUGGGCCUGACAGCAUGUACAUAGAAGGAUCUUAGUACUUUGUGUCUGGCUCCUAUGUGUUUCCCAGUCAUUGCUCUCAUUGCUCGGUCGACCAGGUAGUCGGUCUCCUGCUGGAAGGAGAGGGUUCGGUCUACCCAUAACCCAAGGUAUUGGAAGACCGGGACCCAUUUCAAGUCUACUCCCUGGAUUUUCAGACUUGUGCCUUAAACUUGCCUUCUCAGAGCCUUGGCUUUAGAUUUGGCUGCAGAGAUCUUAAGUCCUGUCCUACAACACUCCUCAGACACAAGGUCCAGACAACGCUGGGCUCUACUUAGGCAUUGUGUCCCAAUGGAGGUGAUAGCAAGAUCGUCUGCAUAAGAGAUCUUGCACCCCACUGGGAGGUUUAUGUUGAGGAUACAGGACAUAAGUGUGUUGAAUAGGGUUGGACUGAGAACCCCACCUUAUAGAGUCCCAUUUUCGAGUGGCAAGUGCUGAGAUAGGUGACCCUGGAACUUUACUCUGGCUGUUCUGUUCCUAAAGUAGUCACCUAUCCAAGCCAAGAGCUUUCCUCUGAUUCCCUUCUGGGCCAGGCACUCCUGAAUGCCAAGAGGACUUGCUAAUUCGAAGGCCUUUUCCAGGUCAAGGAAUACUACCACGGCUGAGAUUGUGCUGACUGUGAGCGUGGCUAUGCUGUGUGCAGUGCUCAUUCCCCUGGUGAACCCGUGGAGGUGUUCGUGUGGGGGUCCCAUUUUCCAUAGGAGCCGGUUUAGUACCAUCCUCUCGGCCAUCUUGGCCAGACAGCUGAGGAGAGAGAUGGGGCGGUACUUCCCUGGUACCUUUGGUUUUGGGAUAGGAACUAUGGUAGCCCUCUUUCAGCUCUGUAGUAGAGAGGAAGAUUCCCAGGACUUGUUGAUGAGCUGCAGGAGUGCAAGGUCACCUUCUCGUCCUAGGCGGGAGAUAAUGGGAUACGUGAUCCCAUCAGAGCCCGGGGCUGUGUUGGAACUGAAUUUGUAGGCUUUUCUAAGUUCCCUCAGAGAAAAGAUAACAUCUGAGUUAUAGGGUUCGGCUGCCCUUUCUCUGAUCUGAGCAAGUCUGUCUGCAUUCAGGCUUUCUUGUUUGGCCCACAGUUCAGCUGGUAGACUGUUGCUGCUUGUUCUCUCAGAGAACUUGUGCACCAGUCUGUUUGCUUCUGCUUGAGGGUCGUAGUGCGUUCGUCUCGGGGCUGAGCGACUGGUAGCUCGCCUGACCCGUUGCCACAGCUCUGAGAGGGUCUGACUCUGUUGGCAGUUUCCUUGGCAUCCCUGACAGCCUCCCUCAACAGUGCGAGGUUGUCAGGGGUUCUUUGCCUUCAGAAUAGUUUUCGGCACAUGUUUACCCUGUGGUUGACCUCCCUGAUCUCGUCGUUAAAGUACCAGGCGUCCUUGUGACACCUGGACCCAGGCCGAGUUUUGGGUAUGGUCAGUGAGGCUGCUUGGGUUAUGGCUUCUACCAGUCUGGCUUCGAGCACAUCCACAUUUUCGGCUUGUGUGGAUUCAUUGCCUCUCAGACAGUGGGCCAAGGCGUUCUGGAACGCUUGCCAGUUGGCCUUGUCUGUUUUCCAUCUUGGAUUUGGUCGUGGGAAUUCGGCUGGGCCUGCGUCCAUGAGUGUGGUAACCAUGCCGUAAUGGUCGCUUGUGACAGUCUCAUCGACACACCAGUUGAUCCUGUCCACCAGAGUCGCAGUGACCAGGGUGAGGUCUAGUACCCCACCUCUGACAUGCGUUGGCUCUUGGGUGUUGAGGAGAGCGAUCUCGGGGAACGUCUCAAGCACGUUGGCUAUGUGAUGGCCAGCUGCAUCCGGUCCCCAGAAGGGAGCCAGGAUGGGAUGAUGUGCAUUGAAGUCUCCCCCAAUGAUCACUCAGUCUUGUGCAGCAGACGCACAGACCUGGCUGAUAUCUAAGCUACUACAGCCUGGCCGGUUGUACACGUUGUACAAUUUGAGGGGCCCCCAGGCCAGGUGGAUCUCUACGGCGAGAGAUUCUGUCUCGUCUCCACAGUGCAGUGCAUCGGCUAUUGCGGAGCAGGGGAUUGUUGCUUUAACAAGGGUGAUCAGGCCUCUUUUGCCAACAGUUUGUGGCACCAUGAAGACGUGUAUGUAUGUAUGUAUGUGCCAUGUUAACAUUAUGAAAAUGAAAAUCUGAAACUUGAAUGGUCCGAAAAUAAGCUCUUGAGUGAUUUGAUUGCAUGAAAUAAUUUAGCACAGAAACUUGAUCAUUUUGGGAGAUGAGAAGAGGAAUCAGUCAUGCAAAUGGUACAUGUGCUUAAGCCUCUGUUUAAUGAUGUUCUUCGAACUGAUAUGUUACAGCAUGACGUGAAGGAUAAUAAGGAAUGCAAUGCAGUAUAUGUUGAUAAUGAGUCAAUUAAAAGGAUUGAUUAAUAGUUCUAAAUCUGAUGGAAUUUCAUAUAGAUUUUGCACAGAUUACCGGAAAGUGAAUGAUGUAACUAAGGCUGGAUGAUCAUACUGAUCAAGUAGGAGAUGCGAAAUAUGUAACUAAAUAGCUUUAUUAAAAGGAUGCCAGGUAGUAUCACAUACUAAGACAGCCAAAGAAAUCUCAGCAUUCGUGGCUAUCUUAUAAUUUUGUAUGAAAAACAGAGUGUCAUACCAUCUCAUUUGCUAAUCUGCAAUAGUUAGUGUAACGAUUGUUCGCGGGCAUGACGUCACCGCUGACUGUGGUAAAGCUGUAUGCAGUGGUAGGCCUAAGCAAGGGGGAAGGUCUUUCCAGCAGAGGAGGCCGUGACGACUGUUAUAGUGGUAGUCCCGAGGUGUGGGCCACUAUAGUGUCAUAUCGGCUGCUGAUAAUUGUUAUAGUUGAAUAUAUAUAUAAGAACUGUUGGCUGAUAAUAAGAAGCUAUACUAUCGGCACUAUUCUGAAGAAGGAACCAGCGAGAAGACUGGAUGCUGGUCAAGAUAGUGUAAAGUGCGCGGUAAAUGAACAAUGAAAAAAAAGUGAAGUGAUUUAAUGAAAAGCUGAGUGAACGAAAUAGCCGAUAAAAAUUCAUUCUUUGUGUGUGUAUUAUGUUAACCUUCGUUAAUAAGAUUUAAUAGUA